ACACUCACACACACUCUCACAAUCUCACUCUCAUACACUUCUCGCUCACCCCCUUCCUCGCUCUCUCUCUCUCUCUCUCUCUCUCUCUCUCUCUCUCUCUCUCCCCACUCUCUCUCUUUCUCUCGGAGCGAGAGGGGACUGGAAGGGAAGAAUGAGGAAGAAGUCCACCGUGCUGCGCGCCUCGUCCCAACAAAUGAGGGUUUGCUGAUAAAGCGCCGCUCCGGUCAUCCGAUCAUACAGGUCGCGCUGCAUGGAAACGAGGAGUAGGCAACAUCAGAAAACAACAGCAACAAAUAAAAAGCUGUGUGUGCAUGGGAAUCCGGACUCCUCUCCCCUGCUUUUUGUGCGUCUCGGUCGGUGGAUACGCCGCCUUGGCUAGCGUAUAAGAGCUCCCUGCGUCUCCAUUACCAUUCCCCACUACUGGUUACCUCUACUACUACUCCUCCUCCUCUCACUCCUUGUACUGCUACUAUUAUUAGUAGAGCUAUAGUGUUGCUUUUACUACUGGCUGUCUUCUCCGGACUGUUGGACACUCUCUGGAUAAAAAGGUUCAACAACUUCAUUAACUGUCAACGCGCAGUACUGGUCUGGACAUCAAAAUGGGCCGCUGGGAUCACUCAUCCCUCUUGUCCCCUGGCCUGAGGUUAGCAGUCAUCACAGUGAUUCUCCUCCUCAAGCUCCAUCCCUCAUUGGCUGGGGCUCCACCUGAGCAGAGCUUGGGUGGCUCCGUUUCGGCGGUGUCCACAAAUAAAACUGAAUGCAGCAAGCCUGAAGCGUGCGCAAAGGGGGUGGUCUUACCUAUUUGGGAGCCCCGAAACCCGUCAUUUGGUGACAAGGUGGCCCGGGCCACAGUUUACUUUGUGGCUCUGGUCUACAUGUUCCUAGGUGUGUCGAUCAUCGCAGACCGUUUCAUGGCAUCAAUAGAGGUAAUCACAUCACAGGAAAAGGAGAUCACCAUCAAGAAACCUAAUGGGGAAACCACAACCACCACUGUUCGGAUCUGGAACGAGACCGUCUCCAACCUAACCCUCAUGGCUCUGGGCUCUUCGGCUCCCGAGAUCCUACUGUCCGUCAUAGAAGUCAUAGGUCAUGGGUUCGAGGCUGGCACGCUGGGCCCCUCCACCAUUGUGGGCUCUGCUGCGUUCAACAUGUUUGUCAUCAUCGGAAUUUGUGUGUACGUCGUGCCCGACGGCGAGACCAGGAAGGUCAAGCACCUCCGCGUCUUUUUCGUCACAGCCACCUGGAGUAUCUUCGCCUACAUUUGGCUCUACCUGAUCCUGUCCGUGAUCUCACCUGGUGUUGUCCAAGUGUGGGAGGGGCUGCUCACGUUCCUCUUCUUCCCCAUCUGUGUGGUGUUCGCCUGGGUGGCCGACCGCCGCCUGCUGUUCUACAAGUAUGUGUACAAGCGCUACCGCACUGGCAAGCAGCGUGGCAUGAUCAUCGAGACCGAGGGAGACCGUCCGCUUCCUUCCAAGGUGGACAUUGAGAUGGAUGGGAAGAUGCUGAACUCUCAUGGUGUCGACUUCCUGGAUGGUCCGUUGGGUUUGGAUCUAGAUGAGAAGGAUCUGGAUGAAGAGGAAACCCGGAGAGACAUGGCGAAGAUCCUGAAGGAGCUCAAACAGAAACACCCUGACAAGGAGGUAGAACAACUGAUUGAGCUUGCCAAUUACCAAGUCCUGAGCCAGCAGCAGAAGAGCCGUGCUUUCUACCGAUGCCAGGCUACCCGGCUGAUGACAGGUGCUGGCAACAUCCUAAAGAAACAUGCAGCCGAUCAGGCACGAAAAGCUGUCAGCAUGCACGAGGUUCGCUCUGAUGCUGGUGAAAACGACCCCAUCUCGAAGAUAUUUUUUGAGCCCGGUUCUUACCAGUGCCUUGAGAACUGCGGCACAGUAGCGGUGAACGUGGUUCGACGUGGUGGCGAUGUGAGCAAAACUAUCUCUGUGGAGUACCGGACAGAAGACGGCACGGCCAACGCUGGCUCGGACUACGAGUUCACUGAGGGCGUGGUGGUCUUCAAGCCUGGUGAGACAAUGAAGGAGAUCCGUGUGGGGAUCAUUGAUGAUGAUAUCUUUGAAGAGGAUGAAAACUUCCUGAUUCACCUAUCCAAUGUCAAGGUGUUGACAUCAGAAGGCGAGGAGCCCGAGGAAGGCGAGUCAGCCAAUCAUGUGGACUCAGUGGCGUGUCUUGGCUUACCCACCGCAGCGACCGUUACCAUCUUUGAUGACGACCAUGCCGGUAUCUUUACAUUUGAGGAGCCUGUAUGCCAUGUGAGCGAGAGCGUUGGCACCAUGGAGGUGAAGGUGCUGAGAACGUCGGGGGCUCGCGGCGUGGUAAUGCUGCCGUACAAGACGGUGGAGGGAACAGCACGAGGUGGCGGAGAGGACUUUGAAGACAUUCACGGUAUCCUGGAAUUUCAGAACGACGAAAUCUUGAAGACCAUAACCGUUAGGAUCUUAGACCGGGAAGAGUACAAUAAGCAGUCCUCCUUCUACGUUCUACUUGAAACGCCCCAAUGGAGACGCAGCGGGAAGGAAUGGACAGAGGAACAGCAGAAGGAAGAGGAGGAGGAAGAAGAGCCGCUGGCGGGAAAAGAUGAAGAGGAGCGGCGUAUUGCUGAGAUGGGCCGUCCCAUGCUGGGAGACCACGUCAAACUGGAGGUCAUCAUAGAGGAAUCAUAUGAGUUCAAGAACACAGUGGACAAGCUGAUAAAGAAGACCAACCUGGCUCUGCUGGUAGGAACCAACAGCUGGAGAGACCAGUUCAUAGAAGCCAUCACUGUGAGCGCAGGUGAGGAUGAUGACGAUGAGGAGUGCGGUGAGGAAAAGCUGCCGUCAUGUUUCGACUACGUAAUGCACUUCCUCACUGUCUUCUGGAAGGUUCUGUUCGCCUUCGUCCCACCCACGGAUUACUGGAACGGCUGGGCCUGCUUCGUCGUCUCCAUCUGUAUGAUCGGACUGCUCACCGCCGUCAUUGGGGACCUGGCUUCUCAUUUUGGCUGCACAGUGGGCCUGAAAGACUCAGUCACAGCUGUAGUAUUUGUUGCAUUGGGAACCUCUGUACCAGAUACCUUUGCCAGUAAGGUAGCUGCUAUCCAGGAUCAGUAUGCAGAUGCAUCUAUUGGUAAUGUGACAGGCUCCAACGCUGUCAAUGUUUUCCUGGGCAUUGGGGUGGCGUGGUCCAUCGCUGCCAUCUACCACAAUAGCAGGGGGGAAGACUUCAAGGUGGAUCCAGGCACGCUGGCCUUCUCCGUCACGCUCUUCACCAUCUUUGCCUUUAUCGCCGUCGGCACACUGAUGUACCGACGGCGGCCAGAGAUUGGUGGAGAGCUGGGUGGGCCCCGGACUUCGAAGGUCCUGACCACCAUGCUGUUCGUCAGCCUGUGGCUCCUCUACAUCCUCUUUUCCUCACUGGAGGCCUACUGCCACAUCCAGGGCUUCUAAGAUAACAGGAGGGAAGGGUGGGACAGAAGGAAAACAUGGAGGAAGGAAAGAAGAAACCAAGGGGAGGUGGAGGGAUGAAUGGAUUUGGAAAUUAAGGCUGUCUCAUUGAGCUAUCACUCCCUCACUUUACGCAAUAGAUUGAAUGACAGAUGAAUGGAUGGAUGUACAGAUGAAGGAAUGGAGGACGGAUUAAAAGCAUCUAAAAACAGAAUGGAAUGAAGUAUGGAUGCAUGGAAGGACAACGACAAAGAGGAAAAUAGGAGCUAGAGAAGUGGCUCAGAAGAAGGAAAAAUGGCAGAAAAAGGAAUAAACUAAGGAAUAAAUUUGUUGUCUCGACCUAUAAAUCUAAACCAAUCAAGUUGUCUUAAAAUCCCCCCUGUUUUAAAAUUAUAAAACUAAUCCCCAAAUGUGUCCCAGCUGGUUCAACCAUUCCAAAAUAAAAUGGACAAUGAGUUUUAACAACACAAGGAGCGAAAGGUUUAAACAGACCAUCACACCAUCACAGCUCCUAAUAUAUGUGGCUUCAACAAUAGCAAUUGCAUUAACACCCACCCACUCCCCACCCCACACCCAGUUGGAGCUGUGCUGCUCCUGCGUCAAGCUACAGGCAUGAGUGAGACAGAAAAGACAGAAUAUGAAUAUGACAGAACUGUAUCAGUGUGUAGAUGCAUGGCCAAACGAUGCUGAGAACACAAUCAAAAGAAACCGGACAUAUUGCCACAACUGUUUAAUGACAACAAACUGUGUGUGUGCUGGUGUGUGACUGUGUGUUUCUGUGCUUGUGUGCUGUGGCAAGAUGGUUAAGUACUGUGAAAAAAAAACGCCUCUCGUUUUGCUGUCGCUGCGUGAGACAGAAUAUGCUUUCGUAUUCGAGGUCUUUUUGACUGUCACUCUCCCAGCCUGUAGAAAAUAUGAGUAAGACUCUUUUUUGGGAGGUCAUGUUCAGUGAAGCGAAAUGUUUUGAACGGCACUGAGAUUAGAAAAUGUAAAUACAAAGAGCUGAACGUACAUUACGGCUCCACUAUUUUCCUUCUGAAUGUCUUGGUUACGCCAUGCGCUCUUGAUCGGGCCCUCUCUCUGUUGCUUUAUACUGUAGAUGUAAAUGAUUUAAGGUCUAAUUUGAAUCAAGAAGGGGUUAGUGUGCUUUUACCUUUAAUAAGGCCAUGUCUGAGAAGACAAAAUGGUCACUCUACCGUUUAAAACUGUUAGAGAAACUAUUAUCAUGCAUAAAUAUUUAGGUUAAUCUUACCUGUGUUGUUUUUGUUUGUUUGUUUUAACUGUGGAAUUCUGUUACCUGGUUUUCCACCAAUGAGAUUGCCACGAUUGCGUGUCAAUGGUAACAUUGCAAUAGACUUUGAAAAACGUAAAUACCGCCCUCUGUGAAACCUCAUAGGCUGUCUGUUUCUUAACUGCCUCUGUCAUCGUUUUUCUCACUUUGAUGCCGCAACAGCUUCGGUCAUUAUCCCCAUGUGUCUUCAGCACCUCCCCCUGGCUGGUCAGUGGACCAAUCAAAAUCCUCAAGGGCUUUGUAAGAAACAACCACUAAUCCCUAACCCUGACCCUUGAUUUAUAAUUUUUCACAUAGAUUGGUCUUGAGGGGGCUAUUUAACAGGGAUUUGUAUUCCUUAACAUUAUACACCAACUUCUCAGUUGUUAGGACUUUGCUUCAGUGUGGCUUUAGAAGAAAAAAAAACUGCAUGACAGUUUCAUUGAGUACAGACAUUGCCAGACCAAGUAUCCAGAAUUACCAAAAUAUUGGAAAAAGAGUCCAGAUGAUCCAAAGUUCUUAGUCAGACAAGGCUCAACCUUUCUUGGAGUCUUUCCCAGCUGAUUACAAAGACUGCCGAUAAAUUGCGGUCCGCCUUUUCCAAAUUAAACCAUCCAUGCAAUGUUCUCUCCCAGGCCGUCUCCAAUCAUUAUUAUGCUUCUUAAAUAUACUACCCUUCAGGCAGGUGGGUUAUGAAGGCCUUAACCAAAAGGAAGCGUUGAACGCCUGACGUUAUAUUGUUUCUUUAUUCAAGGGCAAGUGUUUCCUCGUGAAUGAAGAACCAUAAUGUAAUCUGCGUGUUUCACCGGUCUCGGAAAUCAACUGUUGACACUUAACUUCAGCAGCCAGUUUUCAGUCUUAACAUAUGAGCCAUCAGAUGAAAUAAUAGUUCAACAGUAUUUGCAGAUGCUAGUGAAUACUGUUGUACAACAGUUGCCUUGUAGGGACGUCUAGCAUAGGAUACAUCUAAUCUCAGACAGCCAAACUAACAAGCUUAUAGAGGUUUGGAGACAAUUGUUUAACCCCCAGAAACUGCUCCUCUGGGACCUGUAUCAUAAAGUGAGUUUAGGUUAGAUUGGUGAUUCUGAAUAAUAAUAGUCCGUCUUAGAUAACCAAAGGUGGAGGUAAGGUGGAGUUCAUAGGUCAAAACCAUAACAUGCAACAUUAACAGAUCAAAAGGAGCAUGUUUAAUGAGAUUAUAUACUUUAUUUGGGAUUUUCUAUUUACUAUUUCAUUAAUUGAAUUAAUUCUUUAUGCCUCCCUAUAGUGGCAGAAAUAAAAGUGUAUAUAAAAAAAUAACAAAUAAAUGCAUUGGACCACCAUUCAAUGUUGUGAAUCCAACAGUAAAUGUUAUUAACUAUUGAAAGCUAUGCGGCACACUAGCUUCCAGCUUUAUGUCAAAAAGUCUUGUUAUAAAGCCAGAGUAGAUAUUUCCUUUCUCUCUAAUAUAAUAAUCAUAGAAAGCAAAGUGAUUCUACUUAACAUGUUGCUCUGUGCUCUUUGUAGUCACAAGUGUAAAUGACUAAACCACCAAUCUCAGUUUAUGAUACAGGCAAAAAUAGAUUCUGAAAUUAAGUUAUCUGUGUUGUUUUUUGAAGUAUAGCAACACACAUUGCCUCAGCCCCCUUCUAACUGAAGUUGAGCUUGAAUUUGACCAAAUGACCGUGUGCGUGAAAGGGCAGGGGUCUGGCUGGACUAGUUUCCAUCUAGAAAAGGCAACUGAGGGUUUUGAAAACACUAUGUGUGCUGUUUUAGGAUACUAGCUACCAAACAUGAUCUCAUGCAAGAGCUAAGCUUCUUUGAAGACCCUUGUCAAGUGCUGGGUGUGAACACUAUCACUAGAAUACUAAACUUUCAAUGAGUAGUCAUAUGAGCCAUGUUAAAUUACAAGAGCAACAGACUGACAAACUGAUAACAGACACUAACUAGCUGGCAUGAUUCAGUCAUAAACAGAUAGAAGAAAAUAUCCUGAAAACAUUUCUAUGUGUAUUUCUGGCCAAACUAAACACUUAAAACUGGCCCAAAAGUCUGUCCUGAAUUAUGUGUAGAAUAUUAAUCUUGACUGUCGGAGAGGUUUACACUUCAGACUGUUAACUAUUUUACUCGUUCAGCCAAAUCCACAGAGAUCUCAACGUUCACAGGACUUAGUGUAUAUGUAGGCAUUCUAAAAGUCCAUAGUCGUUGAAUGGCACUAUACUAUAUGCAUCUCAAUUGGCCAGAAUUGUCCUGCUGAUGUUGUGUUUUUUACUUGAUGUAUAAUAUAAUAAGUAGUAUUUUAAAUGUCAUCUGUAAAGUAAGUAGUCUGGGCUAGAUGUAAUCCAUUUAAAACUUGGCAAAAAUCUUCACAGACAGCGUUCAACCCCUGUGAGAGAGUAGAGCUGAGCAGAGCCCUGGAUUGAAUGAGUUUGGCAAAUCCACAGUAUCUUGAGAAUAACCUAUGUAAAUGUUUUCGGUUUUGUAAUUUGGGAUAUAUUACUGAUUCAUCAACGAUGCACCUGGAAUAGAGAACCCCUCUGACUGAGUCUUCUAGGCCACGCUACAUAGAGGUCAAGCAGAAAGGCUUGCAUGCUAAAAUCCAUCUAAACUCGCAUCUCUAAUAAGUUCCCUGUAGCAUGCAGACUUUUGUUAUUUGCAGCACCGGUGUUGCACACUUUGGGAACAAUAUACUCCAACUCCAACAUCAAAUUACCCUUUGACAGCCAAAAUUAAGCAUAAAAUAAGAUUUUACUUACUUGUAUUUGCCAAACUCCACACCAUGCAGCUCUCCAUUAGAGUAGCUUCUCUUACGAAGGCCUUGGAGUGGCAGUUUACCCCUGUUUUGCCAAAGGGAAAUCUUUCUAUCAGAAAUUUACAGUCCAACCUGUAAAGGGUUUUCUAACCAAUGGAUCUUUCUUAAAACACCAAAUAUUAUUCAUAUUUCAUUAACACUCUGUAAGGAGACAAAAAAAAUGCCUUGAUGUUGUUUUAACCUAACCAGAAUCUUUCUAUUUAAAUUUGUAUGCAUUUGUCUCUUCACUGGCAUGGAGCAAAAGGUUUAUACACUGUAAAAAGUUAUGCUAGCUUGCGCAAAAAAGAAAAAAAAAACAUUGUGAGAGCUGUUUGCAUCACUUUUUGGGUAACUUCAAUAGGGUGUAAAUUGUCUUUGAUAUUUCUAAAUCAUGUUGAAUUUACUUAAAAUGUGCCUGCUGCCUAAUUUGUCAGAGUGAACUUGUGCAGGAAUGAAAAGCUUGCAGUAGUGUAGUUGUUUGCAUCAAAUUAGUUUGCUGCACAAAUUUUCCAAACAAACAUAUUUCAUUGAUGGGAAGUUAGUUCUUUUGCUACACCGGCUUUGUUGCACAGCCUCUCUCAGUGUAUCUACCUUGACUUUAAAGCUAGUCUGGCGUGAAGCUAAUGGCAGAUUAACGACAGCUGUUCAAAGCCCCACAGGGUUGGGACCAAGGUGGGAAACUAACCGUGGCUAAUAUGUUAGCCGCUACUUGCAAAUUUGCCUGCUUUACCAUGAUUGUGAGUACCCGACCAAGUUCAAAGGGACUUCUCCAGGCAGAGAAUCACAAUAACACUUGAAUUUAGCUUCCUGCCUUGGUUUGGACUUUUGAGGUUUGAAGGGGUCAAAGGUUAGCCAAGACACCGCUGUACAAAACACUAAGAGCAAGCAGAAAAAGGAGUAGAAAAAUGAGCUGUAGACUACAGUAGAUAUUUUUUUAUUCUUCUGUAGUGGGGAUUGAAGAAUUGGGCAGGGUUUUCAAUGAAGGAAAAGCAUUGCACUGGUUCUUGUCGCUUAUGUGAAACGGCUACUAUGUUGAUUCAUUGAAAACAUUAACAAAGUUGCUUCUGAUGUAAACAACAACAACAUAUUUUGUUUUUUUGACUCUGAUGUACACAAUAAUAAUGUUGUGACUGAUGUAGAAAAAAAAUACAAUGGUGUUGAAUCAGUUGUGAACCAUUAACGAUGUUGCUUCUGAUGUAAAGACUGAUGAUGCGUUUUGGUUGCCACGUUCACUUCUUAACUGACUGUCUGUCUGACAGACUGAAGAAUAAAUGAACGCAACACCAAGCAGACAGACAAGCAAACGAACGAAAGGAAGGAGAAACACCCCUGCUGGUAGAAGCUGAGCGAUGUCAUGCUGAGACGUUGCUACAGCCAUUAAUGUACUGUUGGAAAAAACAUUACCAGAGCUAUUCUCUACCCUUAAAGUAACGUUUAACAAGUACGAUGUAAGAGGAUGAUGAUAAAGAGAGGAAGGAAGAAGAUGAAAAUUAAAGAAAAAGAAAAAAAAAACAUGAAGUUACAGCCAUACCUUGAUUUCUGGGUCAGUGAGAUUAAAAUGGACUUCUCCUGCCCAGCAUGUGUAUUAUUAUGGUGUCUAUCUGUCCCUCUGUGUCUCUUCCCCCUCUUUUUCUGACUUUCUUUCUCGGUCUCUCUGCUGCCAAAGCAACCAAAACAGGCAGCAACCCUUUUGUUCCGUCUUCUCGUCCCUUCUUCCCAAAUUCCCUUUUUGCCCUCCGUCUCCCUAUGCCAUGUUUUCCAUAUUUUGGAAUGUCAAUGUGCUACUUGUUGACACUGUGCAUGAAUGAUAACAUGUCUGUAUAUAGUUAUAGAGAAUCGUAUCCCAUUCCCCUGGUGUUGACAAAAAAUGGUUUGAAUGUUGUACAGAUUCAGGUUUUCUGUUCAUCUUUUAUUCUGUUCAGUUACAUUUUUUUAAAUGUAUGUAGAGCUUAAACACAGUAUGUUUUUAAUUUAAACGAAAAUGACAAUGUAGUUUGUUUUGGAGUAACUUGCACAUUAAUGAUUAAUUAAUUAAGGUUUUGUUAAAAAGGCAAUAUCUGCUGUUAUUGAAUGAGAGAUGAGAUCUUAAAAGAGUUAUGUAUCUUAAAUAAAUAAUCUAUACAGGAGUUGCAUGGGUUAUUUGUACAAAAAAAAGACACUGCUUGCUACUUCUAAUACCGUGGCUGUAUUCUCUGACAGAGGGCGUGGAAUACUGUAUGUAUAUCUAAAGGUUAUUUUGUCAUUAAAGAAAUAAUAAUAAUAAUAAUAUUGUGUAUAUACUGUACAGUGUUAUAAGUGAGGUGGACCAUAUGGCCAUCACGCUAACCGUAGAGAAUUAAUUCUACAUAUUUAUUUAAAGGAAACAAAAACACUCACUACACUCAAGAAUGACAUAUAUUGCCUUUUUGGAGAAGUUGUAGUGUGCUUAAAGCUUGUUUCUCUAUCUCUGCCUCACUCUUUCUUCUCACUCGUCCUCUUUCUUCUUCUCUGGCUGGUUUAUUUUCUCUUUUUUUCCUACUAUCUCUCUCCCUGCUGUCUUUUUUUUUUCCUAUUAAAGGGGCGUUUCAGAUUGGCCUUUGUCAAUAUUUCCACUGUUCAUUCUGACUCAGACAUUGUCACUUUUGUCUGAGUGGCGUAUGUCUGGCUGUUUAUCCCACUGACUCAUGUCUGCUUGUAUUUACCUGUUUUCUGUCUGUCUUCUUGUACAUUAUAGUUAUGUCCACAUCUGUCUGUUUCUCAAAAGAUCAUUUGUCUGAUACAGAACAGUCAUUUUUAUUGCUUGCUAAAUCCCUCUCUUUUCAUCUUUCUUUCUUUAAUCCUUCCUUUGCUCCAGAGGAUCUUUUUCCACCUCUCUUUCCCUCCCGCCAUCCAUUUUCCUUAUUUCCUUCUCUGUCCUUCUCUUCACUCUCACUGGGUGUAGUUGGGAAAUUCGUGUUUGUCAAUUUUGAUUUGGUGUGUUUUUUUUAAAAAUUAAAUAAUAACCGCAACAGUUAUAAUGUUGGUAAUAAUGAAGAUAAUUUUUUUCUUUCUUUUUUUGCCGCUGUCCUCUGUGUGUGUGUGUGUGUGUGUGUGUGUUAGGUUGUUUUUUUUGUUUGUUUUUUAUUAAUUUUUGCUGAACACGAACUGAUAAGAGGAAAGUUGUUGUAUGUGUGUUGCCACUAACUGUGACUGCUCUCCAUGGUACUUCUGAUUAAACCAAUAAAAUAAAGUUUGGGAUACCCUGUUUCAGAGA